CUGGCGACCAUGGCUGCCUUCUGACCCCGUCCCCGGCCGCAGCCUCCUCCUCGCCGCCCCCUCCCCGGCCCCCGGCGCCGGGCCCCCCGCUUCCGCCUGCGCUGUGACCCGCCCCGCCGCCGGCACGGCCCCGCCCCCGCUGCCCCGGUGGUGGCCCACGGCCCCCCGGCUGCCCGUGGUCAAGCUGGAGUCGCUGAAGCGCUGGAACGAAGAGCGGGGCCUCUGGUGCGAGAAGGGGGUGCAGGUGUUGGUGACCACGGUGGGCGCCUUCGCAGCCUUCGGCCUCAUGACCAUCGCCAUCAGCACGGACUACUGGCUCUACACGCGCGCCUUCAUCUGCAACACCACCAACCUCACGGCUGGCGACGAGGGGCCCCACCACCGCGGGGGCGGCGGCUCCUCGGAGAAGAAGGAUCCCGGCGGGCUCACCCACUCGGGCCUCUGGAGGAUCUGCUGCCUGGAAGGGUUGAAAAGAGGCGUCUGCGUGAAGAUCAACCAUUUCCCGGAGGACACGGACUACGACCAUGACAGCGCGGAGUAUCUGCUCCGAGUCGUCCGGGCCUCCAGCAUCUUCCCCAUCCUCAGCGCCAUCCUGCUGCUGCUCGGGGGCGUGUGCGUGGCGGCCUCCCGGGUCUACAAGUCCAAGAGGAACAUCAUUCUGGGAGCAGGGAUCCUGUUCGUGGCAGCAGGCCUGAGCAACAUCAUCGGCGUGAUCGUGUACAUCUCGGCCAACGCGGGCGAGCCGGGCCCGAAGCGGGACGAGGAGAAGAAGAACCAUUACUCGUACGGCUGGUCCUUCUACUUCGGCGGGCUGUCGUUCAUCCUGGCCGAGGUGAUCGGCGUGCUGGCCGUCAACAUCUACAUCGAGCGCAGCCGCGAGGCGCACUGCCAGUCUCGCUCGGACCUGCUCAAGGCCGGCGGGGGCGCGGGCGGCAGUGGCGGGAGCGGCCCCUCGGCCAUCCUCCGUCUGCCCAGUUACCGCUUCCGCUACCGCCGCCGCUCCCGCUCUAGCUCCCGCUCCAGCGAGCCGUCGCCGUCGCGGGACGCGUCUCCCGGCGGCGCCGGGGGCCCGGGCUUCGCCUCCACGGACAUCUCCAUGUACACGCUCAGCCGCGACCCGUCCAAGGGCAGCGUGGCCGCGGGGCUGGCUAGCGCCGGUGCCGGCGGCGGGGCGUACGGCGGCGCGGCGGGGGGCGCGGGGGGCGGCGGCGGCGGGGCGGGCGCCGAGCGGGACCGCGGGGGGGCGUCCGGCUUCCUCACGCUGCACAACGCCUUCCCCAAGGAGGCGGGCGGCGGCGUCACGGUCACGGUCACCGGGCCGCCCGCCGCGCCUGCGCCCGCCGCGCCCGCGCCCGCCGCGCCAGCCCCCGGGACCCUGGCCAAGGAGGCCGCCGCCUCCAACGGCAACACGCUCAACAGGAAAACCACGCCCGUGUAG